AUGGGUGAAGGAUCUGGUAGAGUUCUCGUGGGUGUUCUUGCAAUUGAUGGGAGUAGCUUCAGGAGGACCACUGUCUGCUACACAGUGCUAAGUCAGACGAUCAAAAACUUAUCUAGAUUGGAUCAAAAUAAAAAUUUCACCUAUUUAAUGAAUAACCCAACCAAGUUUGAGAAAGAAAAGACUAAACACAAGGUACUACACUAUUUUCUUGGGCAUGCGCUUGAUCCAUUUGGGUGUCUGCACGCGCGAGCUCUUGUUCCGCUUCAGGACGCCAAGUACUGGGCUUUGGCCUUGAAUAUGCGUCGUGCGUUGUCGUCGGACAACGGAUUCUUAGGGUCUUUGUGUCUAGGUUUUGGCUUGUCGAAGAGUAGAGACUACGGGUCGAGUUUGAGGGAACAGAGGACUUUCGGCGGCGGCAGUUUUGAGAGGAUUGGAGGUGGGUUUACUGCGAAUGAUGGGAGGAAGGAGGAUUAUCGAGAGAUUUUGUAUCGGAACUCAACCAUGAGAGAAGGGGUGUUGAGGAGGCUGAAGACUUAA